AUGGAGAGCCUUCAAACACAUUCUCUACACACACAUCUCGUUUGUCAGAGAGUAUUGAAGGCCUGGAAGGCAAAUCAUGCACGGCACAUGUUGAAAAGCAUACCGAUAUCAAAUUUCAGCGCGGCCACGUCAGUGGUAGGUUUGGGCAUAUAUAAUCUUCCAACUUCCUCAAUACAAAGAUCCAGUUGCCCCGCAUCAUUUGGCUUCAACCACAGGUCCUUCAUCGCGUCCGCUAGGAGAUAUCGGUUCGAAUACCGCACCAUGAUGUCCCUCACAUUCUUUUCUUUCCUUUCCUUGGUCUCUAUUCUCUGCAUAGUCACCGCAGCACCUGUCGCUAAUGUCACCGUUACGUCUAUGCAGGCAAGUUCUAUGCAACAUAUCGCUGCUAUUAAUAAGGCCUCUUUCUUCAAUCCUACUGCACUACCCGCGAAUGCCACUGAAAACGGUCUCACCGGAAGCUGCAAACCAAUCAUACUCAUAUUCGCCAAAGGGACUGGUGAGAAUGGAAAUGUGGGCGAUGGUAGCAGUCCUGGUCCGGCUUGGUUCUCUGAGCUAAGAAAUGCCAUCGGUGAAGAUAAGAUUGCUGUGCAGGGUGUACAAUACGAAGCUGAUGUCUUUGGUUAUCUUGUGGGUGGAGAUCCCGAAGGAAGUCAAAACUACCUUACUAUCACGAAUCAAGCCGUCACACAGUGUCCAGAUUCAAAAAUUGUAAUCGGUGGCUACUCUCAAGGAGCUCAGAUUACACACAAUGCCGCCCAAUUAUAUUCACCUCUUGUCACAUCCAGAAUUGCCGCUGUUGUACUCUUCGGAGACCCAUACACUGACAAACCUGUUGGCCAGGUCUCACCAACCUCUGUAUUGGAAAUAUGCCACGAUGGAGACAUAAUCUGUACAGGAUCUGGAGGACCUGAUCCUCAUUUGACAUAUUCUAAAGACGCUACCUCUGCUGCCAAAUUUGUCUUGGCCCGAAUCUAA